CGAUAACCAGUUUCUGUGCUCAUGGCAACUUUUCAUGUAAAUGAAAGGUGCGGUUUAUAUUCUUCGAGAGGCAGAAACUUCCUAAUGAGAUCUUUAAGCACAACAUGGAAGAGAAACGCCAGUUUUUUACAGAUAUAAAUAUGGAUUCCGAGAGGAAUGAUGCUGAGGUUCAGGCUGAGGGUGUAUUAAAUUCUAGAUUACAGCAUUUAACUCAUACACUUGAUAAGGUAAGGUAUGUUAUGAGAUGUAUAUUCGGGGACCCCAAGAAUGCCCCCCCUCCUCUGGUGAGGCUUACCGGGAGAAGUCUAGUGUCUGCCAUCUGGAAAGGGGAAGGCUCAUUAGUUGAUGAGCUCCUUCAGUCAAUUGAACAUCAUGUUGACGAAGAUGUACUUACUGAUCUCAAGGACAAAAUUCGGCUUCAUGAUCCAUCUGAUUCUGAAGACAUCGACGGAGACAUCCGAAAUUCUCUGUUAUGGUUGCGUGAUGAGUUGCGAACUCUUUCAUGCACAUACAAGUGCCGUCAUGACGCUGCUGCUGAUUUGAUUCACAUGUAUGCUUACACAAAGUGUUUCUUCAGAGCCCGAGACUACAAGACCGUAAAGUCUCCACCAGUUCAUAUCAGUCCUCUUGAUUUAGGUCCCAAAUAUGCUGAUAAACUGGGACCAGGUUUCCAGGAGUACAGCAAGACGUACCCAGAGAACUAUUGCUUAGCACAGCUUAUCUAUUGGUACAGCCAGAAUGCAGAACCCGAAUCUAGACUGACAAGAGCUAGAAAGGGUUGUAUGUCAUUACCAGAUGUGUCCUCUUUCUAUGUAAAGUCUGUAAAGCCAACUCAAGAGCGAGUUUAUGGCACCAGAACUGUGAGAUUCAUGCUAUCACGGAUGGAGAAACAGGCCCAACGUCCAUGGCCGAAGGACCGGAUAUGGGUGUUCAAGAGCGACCCAAGAUUCUUUGGCACUCCAAUGAUGGAUGCUGUGCUGAAUAACAAUUCUCCUCUUGAUAAGGAGAUGGUGCAUUGGCUAAAGACAAGAUCGAACGUUUUCCUAGGGUAGUCAAAAGGAUAGUAGGCAGAGGGCAUUGGUUUUUCUCUUCGGAGAUUUUAGUCAACGACAUUCUUUUUUUCCUACUCACCUUACCUACCUAAUCAUGGGGGAUAGCUUUUAGAUGGCAGGUUGUACAGUCACCACUCCCUCCCUCCCUCCCUACCUAGCUGUAGAGAUGUAUUCGGUUAAUAACUGAUGGAUCACAGAUCAUCAUCGAUUGGAUGUAGCGUCUUUUCCUGUUGCAUAGAAUUGUUCGCCUGCUUAUGGGCUGAUGAUGUACUUGUAAAUGCAAAACAGAUGCAAUCUUAAAUUCAGCAAUGUGUUACAGCUUGCGGUGCUGCA